AACCCGGAAGUCGGCCCUUAGCGAUAGCAAAGAUUCUGUAUUCAGAGUUGUACUCAAAUAGCUAGCUAGUGUGUAAGUACAGAAGUGCGCGAUUUGAGACACACCGUACGUGUUUCGCGGGUGAUUUAGGUGUUUUCUUGUAACGUAGCUAAUGUAUUACACAUUUGGCUCUUAUCUUCUUCAUAGCAUUAGUAAAACAAACUGACACAGAUUAAGACAUUGUUUACUUCACACUGGUACAAUAGCUUCUCAAUUAGCUAGCUAGCUAGCUAACCUACCAGAUCAGAAGCAGGCUUCUUAUAUACUGUCUAUGGAAGCAGGUAACGUUAGCAAGCUAGGCUAACGUAAAAUAGCUUAACUUUGGGUUGUUUGUAGUGUGUUCUCCCCAGAGGAUAAAAGAUAUCCACCGUGAUGUCUCUUAGCGCUGUUCACGGAACACUGUCGAGCCUGCGGUCAUGUCAGACAGACAUCGGAACGGGAAUGGACAUAGUGUCAGAUGUGGCUAUGGACCUGGUGGAAACCCAGGGUCAGGAUGGAGAGGUGAACCCUGGCAUCAAAGAGAUGGAAGCCAUGAUCCUGGAGUGUGCCAAGCUGGACAGAGAGAUUAACUACUUUGUUGACAUUGUGCAACAAGUCACAGCAGAGAAUACCACGCAGCAGCCAGAGGCCAUGUUCAGCCUGUCUGCCAAAGUGAAGGAGAAGUUCACAGAGAAAAUAAACGGGCUCUCUGACGCUGAUCUGCAGAAUCACCAGAAAGUAGUGGCCUUCAAGGACAUCAUCAAGAACUCUCUCAACCAAGCCAACCAAGAGUCAGCAGAGAACACGGAGGAGCUCGAUGAAGACAUUGCAGUUACACAGAGCCAAGUCAACUUCACCUGCCCACUCACACAGGUGGAAAUGGUGAACCCGAUGAAGAAUAAGAAUUGUAACCACCACUAUGAUGAAGCAGCCAUACUGGGCCUGAUCAAAGCGAAACACAGCCAGAAAAAGAAAUGCCGCUGUCCUGUGGUGGGCUGUGGCAAUACAGAUGUGAAACAGUCAGAUCUGAUUCAGGACGCAAUGCUGAGAAGAAAGAUCCAGAGCCAAAAGAGAAACGGCAACCGGACAUAAUAUUUUAAAAAAAAAAGAAAAGAAAUUAAUGUUAAUGAUCAACGGGUUAUGUUGUUGGCAGUAUUUUGAGACUGUUGUUUUCAUCAGUACUCUGUUGUAACUAGCUGUUGGAAAAUGUACUUUUUACCUCAGUAAAACUGAAUUCCAAUUUAAGAAGUGAUGACUUGUUUGAAUUUCAGCUGGAGCAUUUUUUGCAUACUCCAGUCCUGUUGAAUGUAAAUAAAAGACGCAGACCUUUCAUAAAUGUA